AUUAACCUCCCUGCGUGUUGCAAAUACUUCAGAUGAAACACUGGAAGACCCGUUUUCUAUUUCAAGAUUACUGCUGAGCAUGAAGACUCGAGCAGAGGACGCCUGGCUUAAAGAGUGAUAAACAGAGCAGUGCUGAGUUGUGGCGAGAGGCGAAAGCAAAGUCAUCAGGAUAUUACAACAAUGGAUGCUUUGACAGAAGAUGUGUUGCGGCCGGAUGUGGAUGCCGAGAUGACGGCACUGACAUCUGAAGAUGUCACCGGACAAAACCCAGUGGUCAGCGAUGAGGUGGAGGACCUUAGAAACAGUUUACGUGAGGCCGUCCAUGAUGACAACAUCCGGCCUAAGAUGCAGUGCCUGAUGAUGGACUCCUCCUUUUCCAUGGUAACUAUGCAAGGCGAAGACAGCGGGAUUGCAUGGGAGACGACCCCCAGUCGCUGCGCCACACCGUGGGCAUCUGAGGCUGGAAACGCAGCUGUGGAUCUCGGCUCUCCAGUUGCAACGCGACCCGCCACACCUGGGUCUGUUCCAGCGGGAAAGAUUAUCUUUGUCAUGGAUGAAGAGCUGAUGUCGAGACGGAAGAAAACUAAAGAGAGGUUAACUCAGAAGAGCAGACAACCAGAAGUCCUCUCUGAAAGUUCUGAGAAUGUCUCAGGAAGGCCGGAGCUGGUAGAAGUUUCACAACCAAACGUGAAACCCGAAGAAGGAGACGAAGAAGAAGCGAAUAAUCCUCUGGUGGAUAAAAAGCUGUUCCGCUUAGUGUCUGAAGGCUCUGAAAUCCUUAACAUUGUUGUUCCUCCAGAGCUGGCAACUGUGGAUGAGGAGGAGAGCAAAGAGAUGGUGGACAACCUUUCUUAUUUGGAGGAGAGCCUUGUUCCUAAAGCCAGUGGAGACACUCAUGACAUCGAGCUGGAGAUCGCAGGAUCAGAUGCAGCAAGUGGUGAUCAGAUUCAGCCCUCACCUUCCGUAGCUAUACAUGUAAUGGAUCCGCCAGGGGCUCCAGUGGCCAGACCUCCAGUCCGAGGACCCGCUGGCAAUGUAGACUACUUUGAGGCAUUCAACUUGAUUGAUGCCCAAGCUCCAGGAAGUCCUGCUGUGGUUGCACAAGGACAGGUGGAGCAAGACCAGGUUGUGCCGGAGAUCCAGGGCACCGAGAAAUUUGUGCAGUCUAAAGACAUCCCCACAACAACUGACAAGUCAGACACAAUCAGCCUUGCAGAAAUGACCAGUGAGCUUCUAGACGAGGUCUUCUAUGGCGGAACAGACAACUACGCCAUGGAAAGUCGAGACAAAGAGGCUGGACGUGGUGCACCCUUGAGGCUACCUUCAAAACAGAGUGGUUCAACUUUGUUUGGAAGCCAAGAGGACAUCCUGACUCCAAUCUUUCUACCUGCAGGACCUCCCAAAAUUAUCGACCAAAUUUUGCUGGAGGAGCCAAAAGCCAUGGCAUUCCUUUACACAGACCUUUACGAGGAAGCACUCGGAAGUCGGAAAAAAGAAGAGGACACAGAAAGUCUGACGUCUGAGAAGUCCUUCCACAGCAGGCAUUCAGACCGGGAGGCCAGGGGAUAUUUAGAGAAGUAUGUCCUCAUAGACGAGACUCCUGCACUGGAAGGGGAGCCAUCUGAUAAAGGGAAAUGCCCAGAGGAAGGCCCUCGGGUAUUGACCCAGGACUUGUUCGAACUGGGUGAUAUGCUGUCCAGCAAUGAGAAAGGUGAGAUGCCGAAUUCAGAAGAAGAAAUCACGGACUUCUUCAGGUCCAGUGCAAAUUCUUCUCCGUGUGAUGUAGAGCCGUUUCCCAAAUCAUUGGAAGAAGAUGAAACCCAAUCAAGUACAAAGAGGAGCGCAAAGGCAGACAAAAGCGUCAAGAUUAAGGUAGAAAAAGUGGCUAAAAUCCCAGCAGAUCCUCUGAGCGUCUUAAGCUUUGAGACUCUCUCAGAGGAACCAGAUUGGGGAGGUACAGAUGAUUAUCCUGCAGCUCUGGACGAUAAAGAUGUCAGUGGAGAUCAGGAAUUGUUAAGAAAAGAUUUGGAAAUGGAAAAACCAGUUGUACCUCCAAGGAGAAAGGCAACCGCUCCUAAAACAUGUCUGGAACUAACACCUCUGACUCCAGUUGAAGUUAUUGUGGAGGAAAAAGAAGAAGCUGGUGGAAAGGAGCAGAGGGAGGAGGAGAAAGAGACGGCAUCACCCGCAGAGACUGCCGAUGAGGGAGAUGGAGAGGAAAUGAUGCAACUCUCCAAUGUCGCUUUAUUGGAAAAUGCCUUGGCUGCGGUUGAGUACCCACAAACUGAAAGUGUAGAAGAUGCAAUAGCUGUUGGAAACACAACACCAGCUGAAGCGAAAGACUUUAAAACAGAAGAAGAAACAAGUGAGACUGAAGCAGCUACAAAACAAACUGAGUCAGAAGAAGUAGACAUUAAGUCGUCAGAACUGGCUGAAACAGAGGUUCAUCCAGAGAAACAAGUUGAUAGUUCCACCGAACCAUCUAAACUCAGACAGUGUGUAAUACUUUAACUGAGCUGCUGUGUUUUCAACAAGUUUAUUGCCAAGUGGCUUGCUGAUGUGUCCUUGUUCAAGGUCUUAAAAUAACAGUAGAAAUAGCCAAAAAUCAACUGAGGUAAACUCGUAAAACAUUGUACAUAAAAAAAGCUAAAUAUACCAAACCAAAAAAUGCAACACUUUUAUUUGCUCCAUUUUUCACAGGAUCCAUGACUUUUUAAAGUCCUUACUAGACAUAUUUCUCUCAAAGGGAAUAUUCAUUUCGCAACCAGGAGCUGUCUCAAAUUCCAUGAAUCUGGCAUUACAUCCAACCGGCCUCACAACAGCAGACCAAUGCAAGAUCACCACCUGAACGGCUGACACAACAAAUGGUUUGCACAACCAAAGAAUUUCUGCACAAACUGUCAGAAACCAUCUCAGCAUUCUCACCAUGGUCUUGAGCUGACAGAAGUUUGUCAUCAUAACCAAGUUGUGUGGAUGUUAGGCCAUUUGGCUGUAAUGCCAAAUUCAGGAAAGCAACAUUGGAGACGUUGUGAAGUUAAUAUAUGUUCUUUGAAACCUGAGCAAACUGGUUUAUUUCUUCCAAAAUAUGGAAAUAAGGCUAUUAGCAACUUAACAAGAAAU